AUGACCCGACACACUCUCGAGGACCAUGCCGGCGUUGGCAGGCCGAUACCAACUGCAUCCACCCGUCAACAGUCGUCAUAUACCCCAGACGCGGUACCACCCAGCCCUGCGCGCUUCAUAUCCCGCCAGCCCGAUCCUCCUCCUGCGCCGCAGUUCGAUGACGACGAGACGGUCUCCACGACGUACAGUACAACGACCACUGCCAUUGCCACUGGAGUGGACCCAGAGUCGUACGAUGUCGCAGACGCUUUGGGACCUCCAAAGAGUAAAUUGCACUUCCGCGAGACGUCUGGCAAUGCAAAGAGGGCGAAAUACAAGGAAUACGAUCCAGUCGACGAGGAGAUCGACGACUUACUCGCGAGCGCGUCUUCCACCGCUCAUGACCAUGUAUAUCCGCCCUCCACACCCACGUUUAAACGGCUUUGGAGCGACAUUUCAACCCGGACACACCCCGGCCAUGCCCCCGUUCCUGCAAUCGAGGUCUUUUCUCGACAAGCACCUCCCUUAUCAUUACCAGAGCUUGACGAAUAUAUAUCUGCUUUGCCUAUACCCGACUUUGCGAAACACCCACCGAACGGUGUGGGCAAUAAACCCAAAGAGUUCGUCCCCAUGGACCGACUCACCGCUUCCGGGAAGCAGGUCGCUGACCUCAUAAUGAAUGGAGAAGUUGCUCCUGCGUGGAGAAAUCGCUCUACACUCGCGGGCGUCAUAGUUGGCCUGGUCCUUGACUUCAUGGGAUCCAGUCUGGUGGCCUCGUACUACAGCUUGCAGAGCCUAUUCAGUACCAUUCAAAUUUUUGCUCUCCUUCUGGAUACCGUCAAGAAUGCCAACGGCGUGGCGGGUUAUUGGAAGCAGCUACUCACUGGAACCAUUCCGAAUAUAGUCGCUCUUAACUUCGGCACUACGCUGCAGCAAAACGUUGUCCUGCUGUUAUGCUUCACUGCAAUCGCUGGCGUCCUUAUGUUCUUCUUCUACCGCGUAACCUUGCCGUCUGCUCAGUACUCUCGUUACGAGGCCUUUCAGGCGCCUGAAAAGCGUCACAACUGGUCCAUAAUCAUCAUGACCCUGCUCUUGACUGUCGUGUACCUGCCUCUGAGCACUGUGGCCGUCCACAUCAUCGUCUGGUCGGAUGAGCUUUGGGUCGUAGCGAAUCCUUACACAAACUCCACAACAUCCCCGCCAACUCUCACCCCUCUGGGCCCCGCCGACCAGUAUCGCGAUCCACUGGACUUUUGCUAUACGACCACGAUGAGGAAGGACGAGAUCAACUGGGCUCCGUUACUGGUCAUCAUGGCUCUCGCACUGUUCUUUGGUCUCACAGUCUGGUUUCCCAUUGCGUUAUGGCGGGCCAUCAAGCAAUCGGCGCCCAAAGUUGAUCCUUACACUUCGCUAGGCAAGAAGCGUACGCAUAGAGAUCUCGACUUGGAGUACCACCGUGUCCUUGAUCGCGACCAAAACCCCCUUUCGUUUAUUUACCACGGUUUUCGUCGCGGAUGGGCAUCCUAUGAGGCGAUAUACUUAUUUGCGAAGUUUGGUGCCUUGCUCAUCGUCGCAGUCAUCGACCCCAACAACUGUCUCUUCCGGAAACUGGACUCUGUUCACGUCAUGAUCGUUCGGCAGGUCGUUCUGCUUAUCGGCACUAUUAUAUGUUUUGCUGUUCAAUGCUUUCUAUCUCCGUUCCUCGAUCCUGUCGGCAAUGCUUCUGAAUGGAUGUCACGACUGAAUUACGUCCUUACGACCAUCGUCUCUCUUCUUGUAGCUCUCGAUGUACCCGGUCAGAAUAUCAUCAAUGGACCUGUGCUCUAUAUAAUCUACUCCGUCACCUACGGAUUCACUAUCUACUUCACUGUAAUAACCUGGGGAUUUGUGCAGAACCGUGUCAAACGCCACUCACUAAGAGUUGAUUUUAGCAUCGACAUAUUCUCGCCUCGUAUCGACCUUACGCCAUCUUCACCACAUCUUCGCAACCGCAUCUGGCAAGAAGCUAUCACGACCCUGAUUCUCACGAACCCUGAAUGCAAGAUACCCCACGAUCAACGAAUGUACUUUGUCAUCGCACCCAACGCAGAAUACCCCCCUUUCCUCUCCAACUUCGAAGGCUCGCCAGGCGAGCGACACGUCGAGAAUCUGAAGAUCAUCCGCGAAGUCGGCUCGUCAACGUACAACAAAGCCGCUCUACUAGGUUCAGGGCCGGACCAUGCGUGGGUUCGCGACCUCGUCGGCGAGAUACAAGAGCACUACGUCGGUCCCGAUGCUUACUGGCAUAAUCCCUCGGAGCAAGCUGUCCCUGGUCACACGCGCUACUUCGGGCACGCGUGGCUCAUACCCUUCCCGCCAACAGUAGUCAUCAAGUACGACGACGGACCUAGAGCUAUCAUCAGGGACCUAUUCGACCUACAGCGCUUCGUGUCACAGAACUCUAGUCAUGAGAUACGGCGGCGUCGUGAGAUCCGAAUGGCAUUGCGAGCAUUAGAUGGUCAGACAGUCCACUGGCCUCAUAGGCAUGUCAAGUCGCGUUACUCGCGCUUAUGGUGCUGUGGUCCUCGAUACGACGCACAAGCUCCCGUGUUCUAUCAGACCGGAAAGCUCGAGCUCGCGCGUCAAGGUUAUACGGUUUAUAACGGUCUGCAACUAGGAAGCGGCUUCGACAUCAAGCUGCGUUACGCCAGAGGCGUGGUCUGCGAUGGAACCGUAUUCGGCGUCAACGACAAUUACGAUCUCACCGACGACCUAGCCCAGUUCCUCGCGCUCAAUCACACGAAGAUACACAACCGCAUACCGAAGAUCUCGCAGGCGCUUGUUGAAUACCGACGGCACUUCGCGCAACUAUUCAAGAAGAAAGCGGACACGCUCAGCUACCAGUUUCUCAUGCGUGUGCACAACUGUCCUCAAGAUCCUGCUGCGCUCGCGAAGGCGGUUGCAGAACAGGAACCGGAUAUCCGCGUCCGUCAGCUUCUGGCUGGAUGCGAUAUUGUCUUCCAGACCACGUACGAGCGGUUGGCUGCCGUGUCGUCGACACAAGUGGCCGCUUGGUGGUACAUAUUUUGGGAUGACUUCUGGCGCCGCAACUACAAUACCGUACCAAACCUGAAGUUGCAUGAGACGGACUUCAACCCGCACUACCCGACCUCUGUGGCGUACACGCCCUUGCCUCGCGCAGCGCUCGAGGCGUUCUUGAACCAGCGCGGACUACUCAGCGCCAAACGUACACUGCUGUAUCCGGGAUUCCUGAACAAAAUCUACAUUCGACUGUACGACAUUGUAUACCACAACUCACGCAAGGGCGAUAUCUUCCACUAUGGAGAUGCAAAGGCUGAAGUCGACCUCGAGGACAUCGACAUGGAAACGCAGGCGAAUCCGUCCAGUCUCUGGACAGGGAAUGGCACCGAUCAUGACGAUACCGCGAUACGCCAACGACCGUACUACCGCUGGGAGGGCAUCCUUACCGAUCCAGUACUGGCGAGGUCACCGCACCAUCACGCCAUCACUUCAAAGAUCGGGGCAUGGCUAGGUAUCACACCGUUGUGGCGAGCAGGGAUACCAUCUCCCGGAGUUGCGCUCGAUGUGAAACUGGUGAAUGGGAAAUAUGUACUGUUGUAG